GAAACUGAGUCUGAGUUCAAUUGGUUUUUAACCAGAUUUUUAUUUAUUAAUCUUUUGACUUUUAUACAAAGUAGUUUAUUUAAUUAAAUUGGUUUUCUUUUAAUUUUACUCAACACAUUUAAGAUAAAAUGGUUCUUGAUUUGGAUCUGUUCCGUGAAGAUAAAGGAGGUGACCCUGAAAGAGUCCGUGCCAAUGCUCGUGCAAGAUUUGCAGACGUGUCCGCUAUAGACUCGGUUAUAUCCAUAGAUAGUCAAUGGAGGAAAACUCGUCACACCCUUGACCGGUUAAAUAAAGCUAAGAAUACAAUUUCUAAAGAAUAUGGUAAUGUGAUUAAAAAGUUAAAAGCUUCUGGUACUCCGGUUAAUGAGAGUGAAGAAAAAUCAACCGUUGAUGAGGAACCUCUUGACUUAACUAGCCUAUUGGAUAAGAUAAAUGAACUUGGUGGAGGUAAUGAUGAAUCUUUGGGUAAAUUGAUUUAUCGAUCAGAGGUUGAGAAGCAAAUAAUCAAGGUUAAUGAGGAACUCGAUUCUUAUGAAAAUGAAAGGAAUGAAGUUCUUAGAGAGAUUGGUAAUCUUCUUCAUCCGGAAGUUUUCAUCUCUGAUAAUGAAGAUGAGAAUCAAGUAAUAAGAACCUGGGGUAAUGUUGAACUUGGUAAAAAAGCAGAAUUAGAAGCAAAUGUCGUUGGUGGUGAAGGUGAUUCUCCCAGUGGAUCAACACUACAAUACCUCAGCCAUAUGGAUUUAAUCACCAUGAUUAAUGGCAUGGAUGCUGAGAGAGGCUCAGCUAUCGCUGGAUCUCGUAGUUAUUUCCUAACUGGACCUGCCUUCUGGUUACAUCGUGCCCUCAUAGAUUAUGCUUUACAUUUUAUCUCUGAAAAAGAUUUCAAUCCUAUUUAUACUCCAUUUUGGAUGAAAAAAUCACUCAUGGGACAAGUUGCUCAAUUGAGCCAAUUCGAUGAAGAAUUGUAUAAAGUUAUUUCCUCCAAAGGAGCCUCAUCUGAAGACAGUGAAGAUAAAUACCUGAUCGCCACAUCAGAACAACCAAUAGCUGCUCUUCAUCGUGGUGAAUGGCUUAAUCCAUCAGUGUUACCUCUUCGCUAUGCCGGCUUUUCUACGUGUUUCCGACAAGAAGUUGGCUCUCAUGGUAGAGACACCAGGGGAAUCUUCCGUGUCCAUCAAUUUGAGAAAAUUGAACAAUUUGUCAUCUCAGCACCUUCAAAAUCUUGGUCAUAUUUCCAUGAAAUGAUCUCCAAUGCUGAACAAUUCUAUCAAUCACUCGGCAUUCCUUACAGAGUGGUCAGCAUUGUCUCUGGUGCUCUUAACAAUGCAGCCGCCAUGAAAUAUGACCUGGAAGCUUGGUUUCCAGGCUCAGCUGCUUUUAGAGAACUUGUUUCUGUCUCUAAUUGUACCGAUUAUCAGUCACGACGUCUUCAAAUCAGGUAUGGUCAAACAAAAAAGAUGACCGGUCAAGUUGAGUAUGUACACAUGUUGAAUGGCACCUUGUGCGCUGUCACUCGAGUUAUUUGCGCUCUUCUUGAAGUCCAUCAAACCGCCGAGGGAAUCAAUGUUCCCGAACCUCUUAGACCUUUUAUGCCUACCAAAUUCAAGGAAUUUAUACCUUUUGUAACUCCAGUUAAAGAUCCAGCAGCUACUGUUAAAGAAUAGAAAAGAAAAUAUAUUAAAAUGGAAACAAUAAUUACAAAUAAAAUCCCAAUUCUGUGUUUAGAAACAAUUAACUCUAAAAAGUAACAUCAUGGAUAAAAGAGAAAAAAAGAGAAAAAUUGAAUCAAAAUCUUUAAUCAACCAAUAAAUCAAUCUGACGACUUACUCAUCAUCAUCAUGACACUUUAAAUCAAAAAGAAAAAGAAAAUUUCAAUCCAAACAAUUAACUAAAUAAAUGAUUCCAAAUAAACAAUCUACAUUUAAAGAUUA